AUGAUACGUAUUCCAAGCAGCUUAGGGGUUGGUCCCUCGACCGUCUCAUUUAUCGUCACCCACUUCACUAAUACACGGUCUCUCUAAACACAUAACCACCAUCACCAACAUGCCUCCCCUACGAACCAAAGUCUUCAUCAACGUCGACCUCGGCGAAGGCUACGGGAACUUCAAAUGCGGCCCGGACGAAGAACUAAUCCCCCUCAUCGACCAGGCCAACGUAGCCUGCGGGUUUCAUGCCGGUGACCCCCUCAUAAUGCAAGAGACCGUCUCCCUAUGCAAAAAGCACAACAUAACCAUCGGCGCCCACCCCGGCCUCCCCGACGUGCAAGGCUUCGGCCGCCGCGAAAUGAAGCUCACACCAGAAGAGCACACCGCCAACAUAAUAUACCAAGUCGGGGCUUUGCAAGGCUUCCUAGCACGCGAAAAUAUCCCCCUCCACCACGUCAAGCCGCACGGCGUGCUCUACGGCAUGAUGUGUCGCGAUCUGGAAGUCGCACGGGCCGUCAUAAGGGGAAUACCUGCUGGUGUGCCGGUGGUGGGCCUUGGAGGAACAUACAUGGAGCAGGCCGCGAAGGAGCUUGGUGUGCCGUUUUGGGCGGAGCUGUUCGGGGAUGUCAAGUACGGGCCCGAUGGGAUGCUGGUUAUUGAUCGGAAGAAGAAGCCAUGGAAGAUUGAGGAUGUCAAGGCGCAUGUGCGGCAGCAGGUGGAGGACUCAUCGGCGACGGCUGUUGAUGGGUCGGUGGUGCAGAUGGGGGUCAAGGAUUACCCGGUGACGAUUUGUUGUCAUUCGGAUUCGCCGGGGUGUUUGGAGAUUGUGAGGGCUACAAGGGAGGUGGUUGAUGAGUUUAAUAAGGCGAAUGGAUUUGUCUGAGGUGGGAGUAUAGCUCUGAUUGUGCUGGAUGAGCGGAAGUGAAGGGGAUUUGAUGGCAAUUAGUAUUCUUAGAAUCUUUAGAUGAUAUGGAUGGAUGCAUGCUCCAUAUCUUAGUAUAGAAUGAGAGGUCCUAC